AUGCGUUCCUUCAGGGCUAACCGCCGCCUGGCCCUGCGGCCCCUCCCUCGAUAUGCCUCCACGGCCGCCUCCGGCGUCCCCAAGACGGCCGCCAUCCAGUCGGUCCUGAUUGCCAACCGCGGCGAGAUCGCCAUCCGAAUCAACAAGACGGCGGAGCGCAUGGGCAUCCGCGCCACCACCGUCUACACCGAUGUCGACGCCCACGCCUGGCACGCCUCGGCCGGCUUUCAAUCCCUCGGCCUCGGCCCAGCCAAGGGCUACCUCGACGGCGACAAGAUCAUCGCCUUGGCCAAGAAGAACGGCAUACAGGCGCUGCACCCGGGCUACGGCUUCCUCUCCGAGAACCCAGCCUUUGCGCGCCGCUGCGAGCAGGAGGGCAUCGUCUUCAUCGGCCCGCCGCCCUCGGCCAUGGCCGACAUGGGCGACAAGGCCCGCUCCAAGGAGAUCAUGAACGCCGCCAAUGUCCCUUGCGUGCCCGGCUACCACGGCGCCGACCAGGGCGAGCAGCAGCUGCUUGAGCACGCCCGCGACAUCACCUUUCCCGUGCUGCUCAAGAGUGUCCGUGGUGGCGGUGGUAAGGGCAUGCGAAUUGUCUUGACCGAGGACGAGUUCGCGGCCCAGCUCAAGAGCGCGCGCGCUGAGGCCAAGGCGUCGUUUGGCGAUGAAGGCGAGGUCAUGCUGGUCGAGAAGUACAUUGUCCGCCCGCGUCACGUCGAGGUCCAAGUCUUCGCGGACAAGCACGGAAACACAGUCGCACUCGGCGAGCGCGACUGCAGCGUCCAGCGCCGGCACCAAAAGGUCCUCGAGGAGUCGCCCGCGCCCGACCUGGACCGCGCCACGCAGCUGGACCUCUGGAACAAGGCGCGCAUGGCCGCCUCGGCGGUCGGCUACGUCGGUGCCGGCACCGUCGAGUUCAUCCUCGACAAGGACAGCGGCAAGUUCUACUUCAUGGAGAUGAACACCCGCCUGCAGGUCGAGCACCCGGUCACCGAGAUGGUCACCGGCGUGGACCUGGUCGAGUGGCAGUUUAGGAUCGCAGCCGGCGAGAAGCUUCCCCUGGACCAGGCUCAGGUCGAAGAGCAGAUGGCGCAGCGCGGUGCCGCGAUCGAGGCCCGCGUCUACGCUGAGAACCCCGAAAAGGGCUUCAUGCCCGACUCUGGCAAGCUCGUGCACGCCGUCCUGGCCGAGAGCCUUAAGGGAGACGAGGACGUCCGCCUGGACUGGGGCUUCGGCUCCGGUAGCGUCGUCUCGGAAGCCUACGACGGUAUGAUUGCCAAGCUGAUUAUCCGUGGCGACACCCGCGAGACCGCCAUCGCUAAGCUCGCCGCUGCCCUCCGCAAGUUCGAAAUUGUCGGUCUGAGCACUAACGUCGAGUUCCUGAAGCGCCUCUGCGAGUCCCCUGCUUUCAUCGAGGGCGACGUUGAGACCGGCUUCAUUGAGAAGUGGAGAGAUGAGCUCUUCAAGCCCCGCCACAUCAAGGGCGAGGUCUUUGUCCAGGCUGCUCUCGGCGUUCUGAGUUUCCAGGCCAACGAGCCCGGCCCGCACGGCUUGUCGCUGGGUUUCGGCGCCGCCAACGCCACCAGCGAGCGCAAGCUUGCAUUCAAGGUCCUCGACGGCUACAGCGCCAACGAGGGCGAGGUCGUCGAGACCAGCGUCGCCCAGACAGGCCACGACCUGUAUACUAUCUCCAUCAGCCGCAAGGGGCAGGAGGCGCCCGAGGUCUUCGCCAACGUCUCUGCCAAGCGCACGACCGAGGACGCCGUGACCAAGGUCAACUCGCUCUUCUCGCACGAGCGCAUCCACUCCACCGUCGUGCCCCAGGAGGACGGCAAUGAUACCAAGGUCACCAUCUUCCAGCACGGCGUCAAGACGGAGCUGUCUCUCCUGCCGCCGCAGUGGUACGAGAAGGCGCUCGGUCUCAAGGAGGUGUCCGCCUCGGUGGCGGCGCCGAUGCCCUGCAAGAUUCUCAAGAACGAGGUCGAGGAGGGCCAGGUCGUCAAGAAGGGCACGCCGCUGGUGGUUAUUGAGUCGAUGAAGAUGGAGACUGUGAUUCGCUCUCCUCAGGAUGGUGUCAUCAAGAAGCUCGCCCACAAGGAGGGCGAUAUUUGCAAGGCUGGCACUAUUCUUGUCCUCUUCGAGGAAGAGCCCAAGACAGAGGAGUGA